AUUUUCGUAAGCUAAAUAACUUGUAUGUGCAAAAUGUAACUACUAUAAAUAAGCUAAUCAUAAUUUACAGCACGCAAAUGGCGAAAAAAGUCGACAAGCACGCGAUAACCAAAACGAAAGGUGUAACAAGUGACGCCCUCAUUAACCCAUUGCUGUGUGGUCAGUCAUUCAACUGUUCAUAAAAACUAAAUAAAACAAAACAAAGGACACCACCAACUGAAACAGGUGGAAUAAGCAUAUUGCAUUGGGGUUGGGUAGCUAUAGCAACUUUUGGCAAACAAUAAAGGAUUCGUACCCACUCCACUAAGAACUUGUUUACUUGCCAACGUGCAACCGCAAUUGCAGCUCAAAUUCAGUUCACAUUUGUGAUUCGUUGGGCCCACAUCGGAAAACGAAAGAAAUAUCAUAUAUAUUUUUUGAGUAUUAUGUGCUUCCUUUUGGUAAAUUGGUUCUUCCCAUUGUUGUGGACAACAGUUUUCAUUAAGCUAGGAAACUGUACGAUUUUGGAUUCGAAACCAUCGCCCACGCCACACACAUUUCGUUUUCAACAUACUCAGAAGUGUCUCAGGAAUGAGUUCUACAAUUUGAACUAUUUUCAAUGCUCACCCUGCAAUGAGCCUGGGGACGGAGACACGAAGGAGCUGCACCCUACUGCAGACAAGUUCGGUUGCCACUGUCCAGUUGGGUAUAUAUCCGUUUUCGAGAAGUCCAAACGUUGGCCAACCUGCAAUGAGAUCUGUAGCAAUGCCACAAAGUCCUCUGAGAACUGUACGGAAGCUCAGUUGCCAUCCACACAGUGCAGCUUCCAGUACCUCAAUAGUUCAACAAGCGGUUCCAUAGUGUUGACCAAAAUGAGCUCCGGCAGCAACAUCAGCGACUGUCAUAGCUGCAAUGCUGCGUAUAAUUUCCACUACCAGGACUAUUGCAUAGCCAACGCGCUGUUACAGCCCUAUUUGCACUACAACGCCUUCUGGCAGACCACCAUGAAAUUGAAGUCCAGCUCCCCCAGCCGGCUCCACUUUGGGGACCUCAAGUUUGUUGCCUUCUUUUGCUUGGCACUCAGGAAUGACAGUGCAUGCCAGGAACUGGCCAAUUUGUGUGUCCUUUCGCACUACUCCUUGGACAAGCACUCGCCAUGCAGCCCCUUUCUGCUGACUCAAAUGUCGGAUGUGGCCAUCAAAUAUGCACAUGCGGGCGAACAGCUGCGCGCUAUGGAGCCCUUUCUAUUCUAUAAAAAAGGCAGAGCAACACGAGAGUUGCUUACCACCACGCUCCAUCUGGCGAAUCAGACGGAACUACAAAUCUUUAGCACAACCUACGACCUGGCGGGGCGUCUUAAGCGUUGGGGUCCUCUUCACUUGGAGCAGCUUAACCUCUGUCCAGCUCAGGGGGCACCUACUUUGGGCUUAGAGCAGCAGCACCAGCCGGAGCUUAGUUGCCAGCUGAGUCUGGAGCAGCUCAUAGAUUUCGCUAGUCGAGACGGGAAUGAUAACUAUCAUAAUCUCUAUCUCAACUUUAGCAGCAACUGGUCAUAUCUGCUACACCAGCUGCCUGUGCUCAUCGAGUCACUGACUGCAGAGAAUCAGCGUUCGCAGGAAGAGGAAUGGCAGCUAGUAAAGCGCUUUCAGCUGAUUUCCGCUCAUCCCCGUGAUAAUCGAAUGCAUCCUGUCUUGCCGCUUUAUGAAGAUGCCCACAAGCUACAGCUCUACCGCUCCUUGCGAUAUGUGGAUCGAGUGGAACUGAAGUACAACGUCCAGGCUGGCCAGCGACUGGGACUGCCGCUGCUGAAGCUCAGCUAUCGUCAUAUUGAAAUUGCGGGGAACGCGUCCUUGACUCAGCUAUAUCCAUUUCGACUGCGCGUCCACUUUGAGCAACUGCAUCAAAGCGGCACUGCGAAGCUCUUUCUGGAGCUGGCUUUGCCGUUGCUGCUCCUUUUUGCCUUCAUGGCUGCACUGCUCCGCCUACAGAAUCUGAGACGACGCCGCCGCGCCGAGCUCUGUCAGACCAUAAAUCUGCUGGAGCUGCUGCUCCAACUGGCCGCCAAUGUGGCAUUGGCGUUACUGAUCACGGCGUUGCUAUUGUUGGCUCUGCAGGCUUGCAUGCCUCAGCGAUUGGCAGUGCUCAUAUAUCCCGCCUGCCUGCUGCAGCUCAUCUUUCUUGCUGUACAUCUGCGACGCGCCAGCCAACUGGAGCUGUUCCUCAUCGAUUGGGAACGCCCACGCAGCAGCUGUGAGGGUCAGCGCCUGAAUCUGGACAGCUCCUCGCUCUGCUCCAGUGUGCGCACCUAUGUCGCUGAGAGCAGCGUUUCCGCCUGGCGAAUUCUCUUUACAGCCAAUGCCUGGAUUAGGCUCAGCUGUGCCCAGCGAUAUUCCAGUUUGGUUCAAGCCUUUGUCGUGAUCGCCGUCUAUCAGCUGCUCCAGCAUUACGGAAAGUUUCAAAGUCUUAGCUAUUGCUUGAUAAGUGCUGUGUAUGUGGCCACAUAUCUGAUGCAACUGAUGUUGCUUCGAGUACUGCAAUCCAAUCCACUCCAGAAGUUCGUUGAUCUCUGCAGCCUGGCCAACAUCUCACUAUUUUCGCUACUCGAGCCGGGCUAUGGCUAUUAUAUACAUGGACGUUCCCCGCAUGGCUUCGCCGAUACGGACAUGUCCUCCAUGAUCCUGCAGCUGCAGCGUGAGGCACAGAAUAUGUGCGGCCGACGUGGACUGCUUAUUGAUUCGGAUAAGCAGUCCUACAUCAUAUUGCCACCACGUAAUCUGCGCAUAUAUUUGGAUCGCCUGCUUUUGCCCUUCCAACGUAGCCGAGAUGGCAGCAUGUCCCAGACGUUGCUCUACCAAAAGGAACCGCAGAUCUCCAGCAUUGAUGGCCAAGUGGAACGCACUUCCAUUGCCUACGCUAGCGUCAAUCGGUUCUUCUGUGCAUUUAUCGAUCACGCCAUCAAGGAUAUGGAUUAUAUCAUUAAGGAAAAAACAUUGACGGAAAAGCUAUUCAACUGUGAAAUUGAAAACUAUCUAACGGAGAAUAAGGGCACCUUCUACAUUGAUGAUGCACUGAGCUUUAGUCGCGUUCUGCUGCUGGGCAACCAUUUACAUAUAUUUGUACUGGAGAUACUUGUGCUGCUCUCCAUCUAUUUACUGACCUCCAGUCUGCUACUUGGCGUCGCUAUAGCUUGCGCCUUGAAUAUGCUUAUUCGUCACAUCUUCAAGCGCUGGGUGCGUCGCAAUGUCUCGCGCAAGACGCUGAUUGAUGAGCGAUUUCUGCUGUAGCCCUACCA